AUGACGUCCCAUCCACCAGGAAAAUGCUGCUACAAGGGCGUCAAGCACGAAGGCACCGCCACCGGAGAGUUCUCUACCCUGGGCGAUUUUGAAAUCUACACCAAGUACCCAGAGAACAAGAGCACAGAAAAGGGGAUCUUGCUCAUCACCGACGUCAUUGGCCAUCGCUUCAUCAACGCAAACCUCAUCGCCGACCAAUUCGCGGCGAACGGCUACUUUGUCAUGAUGCCAGACUUGUUCUACAAGGAUCCUAUCCCGCUGAACCGCCCUGGAGACUUUGACAUUGCGAAGUGGAUAAAGGGAGAGUACAACGAGGCCAAGAUCGCCCACACCCCUCCCGUCGUGGACCCGAUCAUCGAUUCGUGUCUGGUUGAGAUGAGGACGAAAUACAAUUGCAAGAAAAUCGGUGCUGUAGGAUACUGCUUCGGCGGCAAGUACGUCGUCCGCCACCUCCGUCCCGAGGCCGGCAAGAUCGACGCCGGAUACACGGCGCACCCGUCGUUUGUCGACGCCGACGAGCUGCGCGACAUCAAGGGUCCCCUGGCCAUCUCGGCCGCCGAGACGGACCAGAUCUUCCCCACGGAGAAGCGCCACGAGACGGAAGCCAUCCUCAAGGAGGUCGGGCAGCCGUACCAGAUCAACCUGUACAGCGGCGUCGAGCACGGCUUUGCCGUCCGAGGGGACCCGAAGAACAGGCGCGCCCUGUACGCAAAGGAGAAUGCAUUCUUGCAGGCCGUCCAGUGGUUCGAGGAGUAUUUGUAA